GGUUUUGUGUAAGCAACAGUACGAAGGUCGGGGCAUUGACAGUGAAAAAGACUUCUAGUUACAUGAAUUCUACCACUAAUAUAGUUUAUAAUUUGUGAGAGAUCGUUUUUGAUUUUCUUGUAUAUAAUAUGCAUUGUUAUUGUUUUUGUUAUUUUUUGUUCAAUUUUCGUAUGAUUUAUUUUGUUUUUACAGUUACAUAUUUUAUUCUGUGAUAUUGUUUCAAAAUUGAUUUCUGACGUUUAUGACCUUAAUGAGAAGUUUGCAUGAUAGCAAACGUCAAAUGACACCUGCAAGUAAUUCAUACUGUUCAAGGCCGAAUUUUCCGUAUUCCGGAGAGUGCAUUGCAUGAAAACAUCACCAAUAUUUUUAAGUCAGGUAAACAUAUUAUCAAAUUGUUUCUUCUCUUUAUUUUCUUCUCAGUUAAUGAAUGCAAGUACAUGUACAUUUGUAUAUAAAACAUUAAUAUGCAUUGUAGUAUACAUGUAUAGGAUUUAAGUGAAGAAAGAAACGAAUCAGUAUAAACUUGAAAUUUCGCAUUUUUUUCUUUUCAGGAUGACCAAAUUGCAGGUCGUUUUAGCUCUCUACAUAUGUCUCAGUACGUUGCGCCCUACACGUGCAAGUAUAUGUAAGACUUAUUGCGAUUCGAAUAAAACGGGAGAGGGAACAGUUCCUUGUACCAAAAAGAUCACACAACAAAGAGUGAAAUAUACAAGAUGUGGGCUAUUCUGGGCGAGUCGCUGCAGAAAGGGAACUUACCUUGUCUAUACAACAGUGACCAAGUGCUGCUCAAAGACAUGUAAAGUUAACGGAGGAUGGGGUGUGUGGAGUAGUUGGUCCAUGUCUCAAUAUUGCUCCAGAACAUGUGGACGUGGCUCAAAAUCAUACACGAGAGCACGUCACUGCAACAACCCUACACCAAAACACGGAGGAAACAACUGCCAAGGACACAAAUGGGAUAGUAUAGUCUACUCCUGUAACACCAUAGAAUGUCCGGUUGAUGGGGUGUGGUCUGUCUGGGGAUCGUGGUCAUUUGAUGGGCAAUGUUCAGUCACAUGUGGUAGUGGAAACAUAAACAAAUUUCGGACUCGGUCUUGCAACAACCCUCGUCCUAAGAAUGGAGGAAAACCUUGUGUAGGCGACGAGUUAAAAAGAAAGAAAUCCACUUGCAAUAAAGGCAGCUGUCCCGUCAAUGGGAACUGGUCAUCUUGGGGUAGUUGGAAGCAGUAUGGGAAAUGUUCUGUCUCAUGCGGGAACGGAAUGCAGAAACACGUAAGAAUAAGGAAAUGUGAUCAUCCAGCCCCUAGUCAUGGGGGAAGUGAUUGUCAUGGAAAUGGUAGAGAACUGUCGUUGAAGAAAUGCUUUCUAAAAGUGUGUCCAAUAGAAGAUCACCCAUUGUGUAAGGAGAAGAAAUGUAGCAGAUAUGGAGACUGUGGUUGUGCAUUUGGUUUCUUUGGAAAUGGAUUUAAUUGUAAAGGAAGUCGAGGAAAACGUUUCUUGGUACUUUUUCCGGAAACAGUACCAAAUUUACCCUCUGAAGUCGAGACCAACCGAUCUUCAGAAAUAUAUAUAGCCUCUCUAGUUGAUAGCAAAGUCACAUUGCAAUCCUCAAAUAAAUAUUUGUCUGGGUCAUCAUACAGUAAAGGAAGUUGGGUAUCAAAAGGGGCCACAACUCUUACGAUACCAAUUCAGAUGCGAACUGUAGAUUUUAAAAAGGAAAACAAAGCAAUAAUACUAGAAUCGUCUGAACCCGUCUCUGUUGUAAAUUUAAACCAUGACGGAUUUUCAUCUGAUAGCAGUCUUAUUUUGCCGAUUGAGAGUUUGGGAACUAAGUAUGUCGUUGGAUCAACGGAACCAUAUUCCGCGCGAUUUGAAUCUUUCAAGAGCCAGGUAGCGAUUGCUGCAGUACAGAAUAACACUACUGUGUCCAUUACUUUCAAGCUAAAAUCAAAGGGUUCAAUACAUUUCCUGCAAAAGAAUUAUAAGUCUGGUGACAAGGUAGAUCUAAAUUUGAAUAAAUAUGACAGUUUCCAGUUUUCUCACGGGACAGAUCUCACUGGAACAUUCAUUGAAUCUAGCAAACCGAUCGCCGUAUUUUCUGGUAAUCGCUGCAACAAGCUACAAAGGUUUGGGUUUUGCAGUCAUUUGAUUGAACAGCUGCCUCCAAUUGACAAAUUAGACAAUCAGUUUAUUGUACCUCCAAGUCUCAAGAGGAGUGGAACAAAAGUACGUAUCAUUUCUGCCAAGAAGACAAAGAUAACUUUUCGUGUAAACUAUGGAAAACGAGAACAUGUAAUGGAACCUGGAACUUCGCAUGAUGCUGAGAUGUUUGGUGAUCAUUCUGUUUACAUUCAUGCAGACGGACCGAUCAUGGUCUUAAGUUUUGCAGUUCAGAUGGGCCGACGUGGUAAGGGUGACCCGUACAUGUCUGUUGUCCCAGGACUUAACCAGUACCUAAGUCAAUAUCAGAUUGUGGUUCCUUCAGGAUACAAUCAAAAUUACCUGUCGAUCAUUGUCAAAGCUGAAUCUAAAUAUAAGCUUCGCAUCGACGGUAAGACUUUAUCUGAUGAUAGCGUUUUAUCGGAGAGAGCGGUAUUGGCUGGAAGAGAGAAAUACUUAUCACUGGUCGUGGAAGUUCGGAGGGGUGGUCAUAAAGUUGAAACUCUUGAUAAUUCAAGAUUUGGUCUGAUGGUACAUGGUAAUAGUUCUGGAGACGGUUAUGGAUUCGCAGCCAACAUUAUAAACGUUUCCUGAUCAAUUUUGAUCUGAAAUCGUUCUACUGGUUAUGGUUCAAUGGGCAUCAUUCAAAUAAAAAAAACAUUAU